GGGGUAAGGGCGGGACAAAACUGUUCGGUGAAGGGAGGGGAAGGCCCAGGGAACCAAGCAGCGCUGCCGCCGCCGCCGCUGUAGCCUGAGUUGGAGGAGGGAGAAGCCAGGAAGAAAAUGGCGGCCGUGGCUGCAGAGGCGGCAGCGACUGCAGCGUCCCCCGGGGAGGGGGGCGCCGGCGAGGCCGAGCCGGAGAUGGAGCCCAUUCCCGGCAGCGAGGCCGGCACUGACCCCCUCCCGGUCACGGCCACUGAAGCAUCUGUGCCGGACGGCGAAGCCGACGGGCAGCAGUCCUCUUCUCAGGCCGACGAGCCGCCGUUCCCGCCGCCGCCGCCGCCGCCGCCGCCGGGGGAGCUAGCCCGCAGCCCGGAGGCGGUGGGGCCGGAGCUGCAGCCUGAGGAGAAGCUGCCCGCCCGGGUGGUGGAGCCGGCGGCAGCCGCGCCACAGGAAGGGCCUGGCCUUUCACCUUCCCCUGCAUCGCCGCCCGAGGAGCCCGCGGCUCCCGAGGAGCGUCAGGAACCGCCGCUGCCCCAGCCCUCAGCCCCGGCGCUCGUGCCGCCGGCGGGCGGGGACUCCGCGGUGUCGCAACUGAUCCCCGGCUCGGAGGUGCGGGUCACGCUGGACCACAUCAUUGAGGACGCGCUCGUCGUGUCGUUCCGCCUCGGGGAGAAGCUUUUCUCCGGGGUUCUCAUGGAUUUGUCCAAAAGGUUUGGGCCCCAUGGGAUCCCUGUGACAGUAUUUCCCAAAAGGGAAUAUAAGGAUAAACCUGAAGCCAUGCAGCUCCAAAAUAAUACAUUCCAAGAAGGGACAGAUGUCAAGCGUGAAGUGAAUGGUGCUGUUCCCGAAGACCCUUCUCCUGUCCCGCCUCCUGAGCUGAGCUUGGCCGAAAGCCUGUGGACUUCCAAACCACCACCUCUCUUCCAUGAAGGAGCACCUUAUCCUCCCCCUUUGUUUAUCAGGGACACAUAUAACCAAUCAAUACCUCAGCCACCUCCUCGGAAAAUUAAGCGACCCAAACGAAAAAUGUACAGGGAAGAACCUACUUCAAUAAUGAAUGCUAUUAAACUACGACCCAGGCAAGUCUUGUGUGACAAGUGUAAAAACAGUGUCGUUGCUGAAAAAAAAGAAAUUAGAAAAGGUAGUAGUGCAAGUGACUCUUCUAAAUAUGAAGAUAAAAAACGGAGAAAUGAAAGUGUAACUACUGUGAACAAAAAACUGAAAACUGACCAUAAGGUGGAUGGGAAAAACCAAAAUGAAAGCCAGAAAAGAAAUGCUGUGGUUAAGGUUUCAAAUAUUGCUCACAGCAGAGGCAGAGUAGUCAAAGUUUCUGCUCAGGCAAAUACAUCAAAAGCUCAGUUAAGUACUAAAAAAGUGCUCCAGAAUAAGAACAUGGAUCAUGCAAAAGCUCGGGAAGUGCUGAAAAUUGCCAAAGAAAAGGCACAGAAGAAGCAAAGUGAAACCUCUACGUCCAAAAAUGCACAUUCAAAAGUCCAUUUCACACGUCGAUACCAGAAUCCUAGCUCAGGUUCCCUUCCACCCCGGGUUCGUUUAAAACCACAGAGGUACAGGAAUGAAGAAAAUGACUCUUCUCUGAAGACAGGACUGGAGAAAAUGCGGAGCGGCAAGAUGGCACCAAAGCCCCAGUCCCGCUGCACCUCUACCCGCUCAGCAGGUCUCAACAAAUGGCAGCUAUUACAUCAGACAGUGACGAGUCCUGCUGCUCCCUUACAGUGUCUGACAGACCACUGUGGAUUCAGACUGGGAGCAUUGAAGUUAACAGUGAAACGGGCAGCACAAAGACAUUAGCAGGCUGCUGGUUUCAUGGACCUGUACCACAAUGACAGAGAACACCAGAGCAUCAGGACUGAAUGAAAUUGGAGACUCAGAUUUUUAAAGCUGCACUAAGAAGUAAAUAUGCAGGCAGUGGUUAAAACCAACAGUCUAUAAAGGGGCACUUGCAAAUUGUGCUAUAUUAAACCGAAGAAAAGGUAUUAGGGGAAUAUUUUAUUAAAAAACUAUUGCAAUAAAUUAUGCAUGAGAUGAGAAAAGUGAUGUGAAAUACGCAAAGAACUCUCUUGAAUUUUAUGUGUGAAGAAUCACUGACAGUACCUUCUUUUGAACAUGAAGUUCUUCUCAGUACAGUUUGGACACGCCUGAAAGGCAUGAGAUGAUGACAGAAAUGCUGAAUUAUUUUUCAUAUUAAAACUUUGUGCUUUCUCCAAGGUUUAUUGUUAAUCAGCUCAGAUAUGAACAAAGGUAUUUCUAAAAUGGCUCUUCUAAUGAAACAAACAGCAAUAGUCACAAAUGCCGAGGCCAAUGUUUCCUUCAGGAUGCCAGUGGAAACCACAGAAAAGAUUAUCUAAUAAACAAACACAUCCUACUAAAAGGAUGGCAAAGUGUCCCCAACCCACUAAGAAAAUUUGGAUCUUUAGUAAAGCAGGGCUAUAUUAUCUUAAAUGUACAUUUGCUUGUUAGAACAUAUUAAGAUGUAUUUAUUUGCCACCAGUAUUUAAUAUUUUGUGCACAUUUUCAUAACUACAUUCUUAUCUUUCAAAUUCUGACUCGAAGUGGAUUAGGCUAGUGUUGAUCUUGGAGUGAAAAUGUACUACUCUAAGAGCCAGUUCUUAAUUCUGCUGAGCUGGAAAGGCUUUUACUAUUCUCCCUAUCCUUACAGAUUUCUGAACUAGUUCAGAAAAGGUGAUAAUACCUGAAUUUUGAUGUUGACCUCUCUCCACAGAGAGCCUCUCUUUCUAAGUGCAAGAGAUCCUCACAGGUGUCAGAUGGGACUUGACCCUGGGGAACAAGCAGCAGGAACAGACGCAUAAAGAUGGUGAACUUUUCAUGCAUAAAGUAUGAAUUCUUAUUAAUGGAGACUGUAAUGUUUUUCUUGUCUAUGAAAAAUACAUAUUAUGAAAAACCUUAAUUUUUCUUUUUUAAUGAAUGGAGAAAACAUUAAUGAGAAAACCAGAUGGACCUGUUUGUUAGUACUACAUUUUUAAGGCAUUUUAUAUUUGAUGGUGCCGUACUUUUAAUAAUAAACCUGAAGUUUUUUAGUGGCAAUACUGAUUUAUUUUUUAAGCCAGGAAGAUAAUCCAUAUUGAUUACUUAAUACAAAAAAAGGAAAAAAAAUAGAAAAUUCAUUUGAAGCAACAUAACUUGAGCAUUUGGCUUAAGCUUUGCAUAAUCUUACAGUAUAGGUUUGGAAUUACUUAUUAACCCCACACUCAAGAUUAACAAAAAGUUCUGGGUGAGUUUUAGAAUAUUUACUAUACCUGACUAGGAUUUGUUUUACAACUCAAGAAAAGGUAGGCAGUCUUGCUUCUAGCGAGUUAAUGCAAAUCCUAAUUACACUGUAAGUAACUAAAAGUCUAGAUUGCAUUCUAAAAUUGUCUUUAUGGAAAAUUAUUGAUCAUGAAGUCAUUAUACAUUUGAUCAAGUCUGAAAAAGUCAGCUCAGGAACUGUAGCAGCAGGGAGUUCUAAAGAUGAUGCACGCUUCAGUGGCGCCCUGCUCUCUGGCCCCAGAGCUUAGGCUCGGGUUCCUCUUGUUCUUUCAGAUAUGUAACCCAGCAGUACCUUUCAGGCUCACUUCAAGAACCAGGUAACUCCCAGGUCAUAGCAGAUUUUGUGUAAUCAAAAAUUCUAAUUGCAGAGUGAUGGAAAUGACCAAGAAGUAAUAUAAAGGCAAAAGAACUGGGAGAGAUCAGGUUUUAAGUAAGUAUCUAAAUAUUUUUUAAGACAAUUCUCAGUGGUGUUUGUUAUAAACCAGAUUUUCACUUUUUUAAAAAUGAAACUUGGUGGUAUUUAAUAUCUAGACAUACCAUGUUGCUAUUUCACUUUCACUGCUUUAGUUGCUUAAUAUUUAAGCUUUGCUUCAUGCUUCCUUUGUAUUUCAAAUCGUCACAAGGCUAUUUCAUUUUGUGGACUUGAAUGACAAAAAUUGUUUCUCAUCUAAACUAUGCUGAGACCUAAAUGUUAAAGAAUGUUGUGUAACAUUUAUCCAAUAAAGUCUUGAUUUUUUAAAAAAUUUAGUUACUUAAAAACUAUUCAUUUACUUUUUAGGAGUUAGUUAGGUUUUAAAGGUUAUUCUUUAAACUGUUGAAAUUCAGCCACUUGUCCUUUAGGGAGCUGUUUUAACUAGCACUGCUUCCUUAGGAGAACAACCUGUAGUUUUAAUCACUGGGAGAUUCAAUGGGAUGUCUUUAUGACCAAGGAUAGAGGAAAGGAGAAUAGUUUAAUUAGGAACCUGUGCACCAACAUUACUGUUUUCUUUUCUGAUGGAAACGAAUAACCUAUCAUUCAGAGUUGGAUGUAAUUAAACAAACAUCUACUGCUGGGCUUGUCCUAAUUUUAAUUAGUCUUGCCCUUAUGGAUAAAUGGUUGCUUCUUUAAAAGCCCAGUACAUCCAAUGUUAGGUCAAGUGUUUGACCAGAAACACUCAGUUGUCAGGAAAAACUAGCCUCUUGAUACCUACCAGACAGUUGAGAUUUUUUAGGGCUAACCCAGAAACUUCAGUCAGCGUACGUUUUUGGUUUUUUUUUUCUUUCCCCAUUUGAGUAAAGCAAUCCUUUAGAAGGCUGCCUGUUAUUCCGGAGUAUCAUAGAGUCUUUAAUCACAAACACUCUCCCAUUUCAGUUUAUCUAAACGAGUGUAAGAAGGAGGCCACUGGAAUCUGGCUCCGUUAAUAUCUUUUUUUUCCCUCAAGUUUCCCACAAAUGAAAAUGGAACGAGAGAACCAGGGAAGGUAAACAAGUCAUGUGCGUAUUAUCUGGGAAGGCCUUAGAAGAGACCCCCUGCAAUACCAUUCCUAAUCAUCUUGUACACAUGUCAGUAUAUUUAUAGAUACAACUCCUACAAGAUAGAGGGAAUGAGUAACAAAAGCCACAGAUGCAACUUUGGGUGCUGUCUUCAGAUAACAGCAUAAUAAUUUAGAUCCAGGCCCUCAAAUCACGUAAGGCUGUACCAGUGUCUCCCUGCACACACUGGGUGUGUCACUGCACGUAAAAGUUAGUUAGCCGUUUUCUUGCUUUCAUACCUGAUACUCUUUCAAGUAAUGAGUCUUCCCUCAGAGCUCUGAAUAGAGCAUACUAUGUGUUUUAUUAAGCAUACUUUCCUCUAGUGAUGAGCAUCCUGCAGAAUCUUUGCUUACUCACAAAGAAAUUUCAUGGCCUGACUCCUCUGCUUUGAUAUCAAGAAGGCGAUGACCCUGGGAUGAAAGAGAAUACAACUAAAGCAUCCUGUGCCCGAGGAAGAAAGAGCUGGCCAAACCGAAUGCUAGGUCACUGACCUGGAGAGUUAAUACUUCUAGGGUUAGCCCUUUCUUCAUUCCCUCCUGAAGCCCAUUUGUAGAAGCAACCUUCUAACAUAAAGGAGGGAAAGAGAGUGGGUGAUACUAAGAUGACGCUUUUAUUUGAAUAACCUGCUUUAUUUAGUCUAAGGUAGAGACAUGGACUCUAAUCUUAGUUCUAUCAGUUACCUUCCCAACAGAAGAAUCACUCAGUGGCCACACUGGCCAAAAUGGGGUAUGGAAAAUAAGUGUCUCACUCAACUAGCUCUUCAGUUCCUACCCAGCCAAGGCCAAAAACAUAGGCAACAUCAGGGAACCUUCUUCCCUGAGUGAAAUAUUCUGUAAUCUUAUGUUUCUGAACUCUGCGCUCAGUGCCUGACUCCUUUGGACACUGAGCAGACCGCUCAAACCUGUGAUCUAAAGGAGGUGAAUGAAUUCCGAAAUGGGAAGUGCCCUGAGGUGAAGGGGAGCCUGAUGUGUCACUGCCCUAGGAAGGCACAGCCAGGGGCUUCAGUGAGACACACAGCAACUUUACAGAAGACGGUGAUGGGGGUGAUUCACAUGUUUAAACGCACCUUGCUUUAACGCCUAUAGAAAGGGAGCGGCUGGAAAAGCACAAGCUGAAGCUGUAACUCCUGGUCUGAUGCCAACCAGCCAGUGGCAGAAUCCAGUCAGUGUCACAUAGCUCUAGGAAAUUAUCAGACCCUUUCUCCCAGUUAACUUCCUGAGGCAAAGUUGCAGACAGCGUAUUCUCUUUUGGGGCAGUCAAACCGUCCCUACAAAACAGUCCAGUGUACUUGAGAACAAGUACCAUAGCGUCCACCAAAGCCUAUAUCCUUUGAAAUUUAUCAAUAAACACUUCCCACCUCACUUCAAUCCCUUGCUUCCCCAUCCCUGGCCUCCUUCUGUCUUCAGUUUGCUUGAUGACUUACACGUUUGUGGAUUUCCGACUUGCUGAGUUUGGAGAGUUGGAGGGCAACUGUGUGCUUGGCGGCACAAGGCAGCUGCCUGGUGUGAGUCGGGUGGGGUGUCUGAUACAGACAUCAGCCUGGCAAAGCACCACACCAAGAACAAUGAGGUUCCACUAUCUGCAGAUCUAGCUCCUCACGUUUGGAACUAAGGGCUUCCUUCCUAAGGAGCCUCUGGGUUGACUCCCUUCACGUCUGUCAUGAUGCCUGAUGGCUGAGGAGUCCCAGUGCCUGAUAGGAGUUGCCAUCUGGGUAGGCUGUAUUUUUCAGCAAGCCGGAACUAGCAGCUGGGACUGAAUCAUGGCCAGAUUAUUAGCUGUGGGCUUCCUUGGCAGCGGGGCAGCAGGCUCUGCCAUGCUUUAGCUAAGGGGAAAAUGUGAGCUUACAAAGUUUCCCCUUGAAUGAAAGGAAACGGUGUAGGGAGUCAUAUUUCUAGUCCGGCUGAAUUAACUUCUGUGUGAUGGAGCUUAUUCCUAGCUUGUAGCCCUCAGAGGGUUGAGAAAUUAGAAGAAAAUGGAAUAUUCUUAUCACAGAAUAUUUCAAACAUUUGUAAAGGCAGACUACAACAAACCCCAUAUA